UUUGGCUUAAAGGAGACGCAACAAAGCGCACAAAAUGGUUGUGCGUCGGGCCCGGGCGAAUAAGUAGGUUUACUAUAGCUUUAAGAACGCAAAAAUAGUGUCUGCUUCUUUAAAAUGAUAUCGGUUUAUUGCUGAAUAGAUAAUUAAGAAAAGUUUUCAAUUCCUAAUCAAUAAAUAUAUGCAUUUUAUUUGCGACGAACCCAAGGCAUUCACAGAAAAUGCCCCAGUGUUGGAUAAAGGCCGCUCGCAAUCAAAACAAACGUCUCUAAACCAGAUGUUGUCCGUUUUUACUCAAAUUGCUAGUAAACCUGCUCGACUUUAAGCUGAAGUGGAAGUAGGCUGAGGUGUCCUCACGGUGAUGGAGCUGGUGGGCAACCGAACCGGGGGUGUAAAUAAAGGUGACGAUCCGGCGGAGGACAAGGCCGCAGAAGAGACCCCGGCCGCCAGUGCGACCGUUACCCCGCGGAGGGGGCUCAGAGAGCGGGGAGCAUGCCGCCCAAGGUCUGGCGUCUCCGCUUCGUUAACAGACGUCAACGGAGCAGCGUCGAGCCCACAGAGCUCGGGGCGGGUUUUGAGAGACCGGUCAACGAGGGCAGUACCGGCCUGGCUGAAGGACACCAAGAGCGACGACGAAGACGAACCGAGCGCGGACACCGGUGCGACCAAGCGGAGGAAAGUUUCCAACUCGAGGCGGAAGAAAAAUUCCGAAUCUGCGGGUUCUGCCGAGGCUGGAGGGGGGAUCGCAGGUGACAGCCUUCAAGGGACAGACUCAGAGGACCCGAAGAAACCUGCCACAGAUGCUCAAGCUCUACCCUCCAGACGCCCCCCAGCCCAGAGCCGUGCCAAGCCCCCGUCUGGCAGGGCCGUCCGCGGCUCUGCCAAGCCUGUGUGUAAGACCGAACCCGGAAUGGAGACUCCAGCUGCAGUGGAAGGAGAGGUAGAAAAUAAAGACAACUAUGAAAUUCAAAAGAAAGAGGGAAGCGAGGACGCCGCUGAGCCGGUCUUGGGUGAUGCAGACCCUCCGUUUGGGGAUGACCCGAGCGACCUCAGCUACCAGCCGCAGAGUCACAGUGGUGCGGAGGAAGAAGAAGGUCUCAGCAGCGAUGAAGAUCUCCCCUUUACAGAUGACCUAAAUGACCAGAGCUACGACCCCAAUGCUGAGCGGUGUGUGGAUGUCCCGAAACCAAAGCGCAGAGCUCCCCCGAGACCCAAGGAGAGGAAAGAGAAAGAGAGGGCACCUAAAAAGGAGAAAGAGGUCGCCGAGAUAAAGAUAGAGGGUUUGGACAACGUGGAGGGUUUGGAAGAGGAAGUAAAGCUAGAGGAGGAACUAGUAGAGGACCCGGAUGGACCCAGGAAGAGAGGUCGGCGGAAAAAAGACGACAAAACCCCGCGGCUGCCAAAGAGGAGGAAGAAGCCGCCGGUGCAGUACGUGCGCUGUGAAAUGGAAGGAUGCGGGACGGUCCUGGCUCAUCCUCGCUACCUGCAGCACCACAUAAAGUACCAGCACCUGCUCAAGAAGAAAUACGUCUGCCCUCAUCCCUCUUGCGGACGGCUUUUCCGACUACAGAAGCAGCUGCUGCGUCAUGCAAAGCACCACACAGACCAGAGGGACUACAUCUGUGAGUUCUGUGCUCGUGCCUUCAAGAGCUCCCACAACCUGGCUGUGCACCGCAUGAUUCACACAGGAGAGAAGCCCCUGCAGUGUGAGAUCUGUGGCUUCACGUGUCGCCAGAAGGCGUCGCUCAACUGGCACAUGAAGAAGCACGACGCGGACGCCACCUAUCAGUUCGCCUGCUCCAUUUGUGGCAAGAAGUUCGAGAAGAAGGACUGCGUGGUGGCCCACAAGGCCAAGAGUCACCCCGAGGUGCUAAUUGCCGAGGCUCUGGCAGCCAACGCCGGCGCCCUCAUCACAACCCCCGUCUCCCUGCUGGAGCUGCAGGGAAACCCCAUGCAAGCAGAGGUCGCCGGCCUGGAUGUGAGCCAAAUAGGGCAGGACGGGCAGGUGGACCAGCUGAACCACGAAGGUCAAGUUGCUCAGCUGGGUCACGUGACCCAACAGGUGAGUCACCAGGUGGUUUUACUGGGACAAGACCAGAGCCUCCAUACCAUGCAGGUGCCUGUGACGAUUGCCCUGUCCCCCAUCGACCCGCCUUCGCCAGCGGAGAACCAUCAGCAGACCCACCUCCAGCUCCAGAUGCCCGUCCAGUUUGUGCAGGCUGCUCAGCAGCCCCAGAUCCAACAGCUGACCCUCCACUCCAGCCAGGUGGUGAGCCAGCAUCAACCCCAGUUGCACCCCCUGCAGUCGUACUCCUCCCAGCAGCAGAGCCAGGGGCAGACUCAAAUCCUUCAAAUGACCUUCCAGCCAGUCAGCCAGUCUCAGACCCACAUUCUAUCGACCUCUCAGCAGCUUCAGACCCUACAUACAGCUGCUCUCCUGUCCCAGCCCCAGGACCCGGCCUCCACUAACGGGGACAACUUUAUUCUGGACAAUCCGGUGCUCUCUUCGGCCAGCACCCUCGUGCACACAGAAGUAAUGGGGGAGGACGGCGUGGUCUGGGAGCAGGCAGAACACGAGGACGUUCUGUCGGACAGCACCGGGAGACACGCGCAGCAGUCCCUCAUGUGAAAGACUAACGAUACAAACAGACGAUAGAGGCAGGUCGUCAUCAGUGACCUGAUAUACUGCAUUGCAAUGUUUGAGGUAAAUGUAGGAUCACGCAUAUAUUACGUACCGGUCACUCAUAGUCAUAUUUGGUAGCUUUUUAGAAUAUCUGUAUCAGGGAACGAUGUAUAUGUGUCCGUGUGUGUGAGCUGUUGCCUUUGUACAUAGUCCUGUAAACUGAACUAGCCUUUUACGUGUGUGUGUGUUCAACGAUGUCGAGUUUAUGUUGCAAAGAUGUUGCUAUCGUGCAAUAAUAUAGCAUACCUCUGUGAUAUACAGCGCACACCUAGUGUGUGUGUGUGUUCCUAAUGAAA